AUCCAACUGGCUCGCAGUGUUCAGGGGCCCAGUGUUGUUGUUGUUGUUGCUGCUGCUAACUGUAAUGGAUUGAGCAGUCUGUGUACGCGCGCCGCUAUAGCAUAGUUCGACAGUUAAUUUAACAGUAAGGGAAGCUGAUUAGUUUAGCAAGAGAUUGCAAGCGCUUACCAACAUUUUAAUAUCGUAGCUUGAUCUAGCAAUACACUCCGUUUUUCUUUACCGUAACGCAGGUUUUGCUUAUACAUUGUAUGUCAGAAAUAAGUCUGUUUUUUGUAAAAAGAAAAAAAAAAACUAUAUAUACAUAUAUAUAUAUAUAUAUAUAUAUACAUAUAUAUACAUAUUGCUGUGUAUGAAAAGUUCUGAAUAACCAGCAUGUCUGCAAACUGCCAGCAAAGGAAGAGCUGCCCUAUUCCGACCCGAGUUGUUCAUGUGAAAGACUGGACCCAGCUCCCAGACCGCUUCAGCUCAACGCCAGGAGGAACCCUGUUCUCCACAACUCCAGGAGGGACCAGGAUCAUUUACGAGCGCAAGUUUCUCCUGGAGUGCCGGAACUCUCCGCUCGCUCGGACUCCCCCCUGCUGCCUGCCGCAGAUCCCGGGGGUAACUGUGACGCAGCAACCCCCCCUAUCCAAGCUGGAGGAGCUGAAAGAGGAGGAGCCCGAUAAGGACCUGCCAGCUGACGAAAGUGACCAGUUUGAAAUGGACAUGUGAAGAGCCAGCCAGCCAGCAGCGAAGGAAGCAUUUCUUCCUGUUUUUAAAGGUUUCUUCUAGUGUCUCAAGCAAACCGUUUCUUUAUUUUUGAUGCUCCAAGCUGAACAGGACUGUGGAACCAUGUUGUAGGAUAUAGCGUUUGGAGCUGGUAGGGAAUUUGGUUCAUUUUCUUUUAAAACACUGCUUUUAACGCAGUCAUUUUGUAUCAUUGUUGUUUUGUUUUUUUUUUUAAACAAAAUGUGUUUGAUACAUUCAAGUUUACAAAAAACACACAACGUUCACGCUAGUCUUUUAUUGAAGUGUACUGGCUGUUAAACUUUGUUUUGUAAAUCUUUAAAACAAUUCAGGGUGGGGGAUGCUGGUGUUCACAGCUCCUGCUGUGAAGUGAAGCCAGUAGAGUUUUGUUUGUGUGCAGUAAGUUGCUGUUGAGAAGUCUGGGAGCUUGGUGCUGCCAUGUAACUGUUUAAUAAAAGACUGAAACAUC